GCACAACUAAAGUCCAAGGUUGAACUGAUAACACGAACCAGCCAUUUAUGUCCGAGAAUUAGAUGGUUAUAGACACGAUGACUUCUAAUGAGCCUAUCAACUUGCUGCUCGGCUGGCCAACUCCAGCGCUUCAUCCUGACCACAGCUUACUCAACGCCGCCACUGUUGUUCUCGCUAACAAUGAGACGUCUACGCCAGCCCUCAGAUAUGGACCACAGCUAGGCCGCGAUGCCUUACGACAGGGCGUUGCCUCUUGGCUCACUGAUAUCUAUCGCCCCACUGCCGGUGAUAUCACUUUUGACCGCGUUGGUAUCACUGGCGGAGCAUCCGUCAACUUGACCAACAUCCUGUUGCGGUUUUCGGAUCCAAUCUACACGCGGCGCGUGUGGAUGGUAGAGCCAACCUAUUUUAUGGCAUGCCCGAUGAUUGAGGAUGCAGGCUUGACUGGAAAGUUACGGGGCGUACCCGAGGAUGAAGAAGGUCUUGACAUUGAGUUUCUCAGGGAUGCCAUUUCCAAAGCAGACGCCGAGGGUGACUCUGAGGCAAAACCGAUCAAGACUUACCCAAAACUUUUCAGACACAUCGUCUAUGCCGUCCCAACCUUUUCAAACCCCAGUGGCAAAAUUAUGAGUCUGCGUCGUAGAGAAGAGAUAGUACGACUCGCACGCGAACACGACGCCCUGAUCAUCACAGACGACGUCUACGAUGCCUUGCGAUGGCCAGUCGAGGAGAGUGCUCCCCUUGAAAAGGUUGGACCGCUACCUCCUCGGAUUGUCGAUGUGGAUCGAGCUCUUCCUGGCCAGUCCGAGUGGGGGAACAGCGUGAGCAAUGGUUCAUUCUCCAAGAUCAUAGCACCUGGAAUGCGUGUGGGGUGGUUGGAGGGGACUCCCAAGUUUGUUGAAAAUAUGGGAAAAGUUGGUUCGUCAAGCUCGGGUGGCUGUAUUGGUCACUUUUCAUCUUCCUUGAUAUCUCAGAUGAUUACGACUGGCGAGUUCACAAAGCAUAUUGAAAAUGUGCUCAUUCCAACUUAUCGGAGACGAUACAACGCCUUACUUGCUGCUAUCGACAAAUAUCUCGUCCCACUUGGCGUGAAGCUCAAUGCCGGUUCGUCCUACCAAUUCAACGAAGACUCGCCGAAGAUUGCGGGCGGUUACUUCCUAUACAUCACAUUCCCAGACGGAUUGCCUCCCGCCGAUGAGUUGGCAACAUGGGCCAAGACCUCACAGGCUCUCACAAUUGCACCUGGGUCUAUUUUUACAGUGCGUGGUGAUGAGGGGAGCGACCACCGUUCUAGGACAAGCUUUGGACGUGGAGCGCGUCUAUCAUGGGCGUGGAACUCGGAAGAGGUUAUCGUUGAAGGCAUACAGCGGCUUGCAGUGGUUGUUCAAGACGCAUUGGAUGGAAAGGUUGAGCAGAAUGAGGACGGCGGACAGACCUUUCUAGCCGCCAUGGCUCGCAUCGACAUUGCAGAUACGGCAUAGACUGGGCUCUCGACUUACGGCCUCAGAAGAGCCUUAGAAUACCAAGUAUUUGCAAGACGUAGUGGCUUGUGUUAAUCCCUUGAGUGAUAGAAUAGAAAAUGCAUUUCUGUUUGG